ACUGACAUUGUAAAAUUCGCCAAAUUUAAAUUAGACUUUUAUUGUUUUUGAUUUUGGGGUAGAUGAAAUUUUGCUGAUUUAGCGCAUAAAUUUGGUGUACAACUAAAUUGUUUUGGAUUAAACAAUGGCAAAUAAACAGCCCAAACCGGAGUUAGUAGCCAUAUAUCGUCUAGAAUUUUAUAAGAAACAGAAAAAUUGGAAGUUUUCCUGUGAUUCGAAAUCAAAGUCCAAGAGUUUGAAAUCGAAAAAAACACAUAACACAACGUACAAUAUAAAAGCCGAAUCCUCAGACUCUCCAUUGAACAGGGGACUCAUUGAGGAGACACAAGAACAAAAUGAUUAUAAUUGUAAGCAUAUGAAAAUAAUGACUGAAACAUUUGUCUGCAAUGAUGUGCCAGAGAAAAUGUUGAGGGAAAGAGCAUCAUCUGCUGAGAAUUGGCAGAAUUCAGACCAUCAAGUGAAUGAGGAAGAAAUAUGGAAAGACGCUGUCGAUGGUGACAGCUGCGGAGUGGACAUAAACGAGUGGUUCGGUGACAAUCAGGCCUGGUGCCACCAGCCACGAGCUGAGGAAUCUGCUAUAAGUCCGUGGGGCGGCGAGAUCCGGCCGCACAGUCCGGCCAGACUGCACAGGGAACUGGAUGCUGAGCUUUGGAAGUACAAGACGGAGGGGCGGCGCUCCGGGAGCUCCUCCUCCGCCGACAGCCUCGCGGAGUUCACGCGCGGGGCCCACGUCGCGCCGCACUCCUCCGAGCUCGAUCUCACUGACGAAGGUUGCACCUGCAGCCUGGCCACAGACCGGUCGUCGCUGGCGAGACUGACGUCCAGACAGCUCGCGGCCGGGGUCAACCGACAUGCCAAGACACUGUCAAUGUUGCUCAAAGAAACCGCCCUUAGGGAUCGGGCGUCACAGGCGGCCGCCCACCCGGACAUUCCCACCCGGGACUGUCCCGGCGGCGCGGGGGGGCGCGGGAGGGGCAGGCUUCACGAAACACGCGUCAUAGGGAUAGGAAUGGGCAGACCGUAUAGACUACAAUAGGGAGUGCGUGGCACACAGUAGCAACGGAGACGUGUGAAUAUAAUCUUGAUAAAGGGUGUGGGAUGUAUAAUCAGCUCAGAUAGAGGGGGGACCACGGACACCGCGAGCCCGGGUGUCUCGGCCAAGCCCUUAACACGGAAUGGCGGUAGUCGAGAAAUACCGCACACGUCCACAGAUGACCGUGGUCCCUAUAUGUUAUGUACAUAUUAUUAUAUAUAAUGCGAAUGGAAGGGUUUGUUUGUUUAGCACGCAUUGCCCUUAAAUUCCCUUUGUUAUAAACGAAUUUACGGAAAUUGUACAUCGCACUCUUAGCAACUACACAAGUGGACAUCUUUGACAGCCCAAACUGUCCAUAGAUGUCAGUGACCUGGUUUCAUUCAGUUGUAUCUUUGGCACUACUACGAAACGCCUGUAAACAGGGAGGUUGGGGGGGGGGGGCGGUUGUUAAGCGCUUAGAAGAAUAUGAGAUGCUCAAAUGUCGUAGGGCCAAGAUUUGUGCCACAAAUAAAGAUGAUCAAGAUACUGAUCCAAAAAAUAUAAUAUAUUACAAAAUACGAAAUCAGCUGAUAUGCGGGUCAACGCCCCCGCGAUCUCUCGCGUGACGCGCAUCUGGUUUCAGAUUACAUUGUGGCUAACGAAAUACAAAUCUAUUCGCGAAUCAAUUUCCUUUAAGAUUGUGGACCAAAUAGAUGAAUAGUGUGAUUGUAUUUAACGUUAAUUUUUUUGUCUCGAUUCAAAAAUAAAGCUUAAUUAAACAACACUAUUUUGUUUAUGUAAGCAAGCAUUUAAGUUACAAUUGUUACUUUGAAAAAAAAUAUAUAUAUGUAAAAUUUCAAGGAUUGAAAUUUGUCAACUUUAAAUUAAAUAAGAUGUUAAUGAUGUUAUAUAGUUUUGUAAAAUGACUAGAAAAUAAACCAAAGAUGAGUUGAAUCUGAUAAAUAAACAUUUUUUUAUUAUCCUGUAGACCUGUGAAUACAAAUAGGUUGUAGGUUUACAAAAACAUGCAAGUAAAAAUGUUGAGAGAU